UCCCCUAUCCCCUCUUCGACGGCGCAUCCUCAGGGGGAUGAGGGGCCGGCCAGGUCAGUCGAAGGGGGCGCACCAUAUAUAACAUCGCAACAGCUCGGAGUCCGCCGCCAGCUCCUGCUCCUCCUGUAGCUUCAACUCCCUCCAUCGUCCUCCUUCUGGUGAGCGCUUCGGUCUCACUCCUCACCUCCUCUUCCUUCACCACCCUCCUUCUGUUCACUCUCAUUCUCAAGAUGCGGUCGACUUCCUUCCUUACCGCCGCCACCCUCCUGGCCGUCUUCAAUGCCCUGCUCGCUCUUUCUGCCCCUUCUUUCAGUGGUGACUCUGCAUACGAGCUCAGGCUAGCUGCUCGCAGGCAGCAGGACAUUGAUUUGGCCCGACGAGGGACCACCCACGACGCCAAGGCCUUUGCCUCGAAGAGCUACGACUACAUCGUUGUAGGAGGCGGUACCGCCGGUCUAGCUGUCGCUGCCAGGCUCAGUGAGAGCGGAAAGUACACCGUCGGUGUCCUCGAGGCUGGUCUCGACGGCUACGGUGACCCGCUCAAUGACAUUCCAGGUGAAUUCGGAGCCAACCUCGGUACCAAGUACGACUACAACUACACUACCGAGGCCAAUAGCGAGACCGGCGUUGGCGCUCUCGGCUGGCCCCGUGGACGAGUCGUCGGAGGAAGCUCUGCUCUGAACUUCCUCGUGUGGGAUGCUGCCUCUACGCACGAGUACGAUGCUUGGGAGGAGCUGGGCAACCCCGGAUGGAACUGGGAGACCAUGGACAAGUACAUGCGCAAAGCAGAGAACUUCACUGCUCCUACAGCCCGAGUCGAAAAACUUCUCGACACUGAAGUCGUAGAGUCCAACUACGGAAGCAACGGUCCCACCCAAGUGUCCUUCACCCGAUAUGUCAGCAAGCAGGUGCAAAACUGGAUCCCUGCCCUCAAGACUCUGGGUAUCGCUGGCAACGAUGAGCCCCUCGCUGGUAAGAACGUGGGCGCCAGUGUUCAGCCUGCCAACAUCAACGCUCGCAACUUCACAAGGUCCUACUCCGCUCCAGCCUACUACUACCCCAACCAAGGCCGAAAGAACCUCGCUCUGCUGCCCAAUGCCGUCGUUCAGCACUUGAACUGGGCUACUAGCGGCAAGAGCAAGAGUGACCAGAAGACUGCUACUGGUGUCACCUUUGAGAACGGCGGAAAGUAUUACAAUGUCACUGCCAAGAAGGAGGUGAUCAUUUCCGGUGGUGCUGUCAACUCGCCUCAGAUUCUCGAGCUGUCUGGUGUGGGCAAGAAGUCCGUACUCAAGGCUGCUGGUAUCACUCCCGUCAUCGAGAAUGACAAUGUCGGAGAGAAUCUGCAGGACCACACCUAUUCUUACGUCACCUUGAAGGUUGAGAGUGGCACCACCACCCUUGACUCGCUGAAGUGGAACACUACCUUUGCCUCUCAGCAGGCGGCUCUGUACGCUGCUGGCAAGGUCUCUAUCCUCGACGAGACUGUGCCCUCGAUUGCCUACAUCAGCGCCAAGACUCUUCUGGGCAACAAGACGGACGCUGCCAUCAAGAAGGCUGUUUCGUACGUCAAGACUGUCGAUGCUCCUUACAAGGCCACUCUGCAGAAGCAGAUUGACUUCCUGCAAAAGUACCCCGACACAAUCUCCCAGAUGGAGCUCAUCGGAGUAGACGGCUACUUUGCUGGUGUCGCUUCUGGUUUCGAGGCUGGCAACAACUACAUUACCUUCCUUUCUGCCUCUCAGCAUCUCCUCGCUCGAGGAUCGGUCCACAUCAACUCGAAGAACCCCUCUGUGCAACCCACAAUUCAGCCCAACUACUACAACAAUGAAUUCGACUCUACCGUUGCCAUCGAGGCUAUUCGCAUGCUACGAAAGAUUGGUAACACCAAGGAGUACGAUUACGCCAAUGGAGGCGAAAUCGUCCCUGGUUCCGACGUGCAGACGGAUGCAGAGAUCCUGGCCUUCCUCAAGGGUACGGGAGGAACGACUACCGAGUACCAUCCUUGUGCCUCGGUAUCCAUGCUGCCACAGAACAAGGGAGGUGUGGUGAGCCCGAAGCUGGUGGUGUACGGCACUAAGAAUGUGCGCGUCAUCGAUGCAUCCAUCAUUCCUUUGCACGUCUCUGCACACAUUCAGAGGACGACUUUGGGUGUGGCAGAGUAUGGAUCUAAGCUUGUUCUGGACGAUGCUUAGAGUGAAGGGAUUCAAUCGAAGGCCUUGCGGCCAUUGUCACUCAAAACGGACUCUUUCUUUUCUCGCUUUUGACUCCUCUCAAUAUAAACACCUUUUCUCAGCGUUUCCCUCUUCUUGUGCACCUGAGUGAAUGGGAGACCACCCC